AUGGCGGACGAAAUCAGGCCCUUCAAGAUAAACAUCUCCGACGAGGAGCUGGGCAACCUCAACAAGAAACUCGCCCUGGCCCGCAUCCCCGACAACGUAGCCGAUGCGGAAUGGGGCGAGGAAAACGGCGUCACGGUGGACUUUAUCCGCCGGACCGUCGAGCAUUGGCGCAGCGGAUACUCGUGGCGGGAACAAGAGGCCAAGCUCAACGAGAUGCCCCAGUUCAAGACCACCAUCACGCUUCCCUCCACCAACAAAGCCGGGCAGAGCUUUGACCCGAUCGAGGUGCACUUUGCGCACGUCAAGGCCACCCAAAAGCCCGCCGGCGGCGGUGACGCCAUCCCGCUGCUCUUCAUCCACGGCUGGCCGGGCCACUUUGCCGAGGUGCAAAAGGCGCUGCCGGCGCUGACGGCCGCCGGCUUCGACGUCGUGUCCCCGAGCCUGAUGGGCUACGGUUGGAGCAGCCUGCCGAGGCAGGCCGGGCUCAACUACUUCCUCCAAGGCGACGUCUUUCACCGCCUGAUGCUGCGGCUGGGUUAUGACCGCUACGUGCUGCAGGGAGGGGACUGGGGUGCCAUCGUGGCUAGGGCUCUCUCGAUGCAACAUCCCGAGCAUGUUGUGGCUCUGCACCUGAACAUGCCCUUGACUAGAGAUCAUCCUGAGCUGAAGCCUGGCGAUUUGGAAAAGUUCACCGAGGUCGAGCAAGCAAUGAUCAAACGUCGCGAGUCCUUCAUGAAGUAUCAGUCGGCAUACGUCCAAGUGCAAUCUACUAAACCGCGCACCAUUGGAUUUGCUCUGCACGACUCUCCUAUAGGCAUGCUCUCCUGGAUGGCCGACAAGAUGAACGUAUGGUCGGAUCUUGAAAAGCUUCCCGGCGGUGGUUACACGGCCGACGAGUACAUCACCUGGACGCUGCUGCACUACUUCCCCGGCCCGACGACCGCCAUGCAGAUGUACCGCGCAAACUUUAGCGAGCAGAUGCAGACCACCAUGACCGAGCCCCUGACCAAGAUGUUCGCCGCGAACCGGGUUGAUAUCCCUGUCGGCGUGUCCCAGUUCCCAAAAGAGAUUGGCGCAUCGCCAAAGGCCUGGUUCGAGCAGGAAAACAAUCUCGUAUUCUGGCGCUCACACGCAAAGGGUGGACACUUUGCGGCGUACGAGCAGCCCAAGGAGUAUGCGGAGGAUGUUAUUGAGUUCCUUACUGGGCAAUGGAAAUCAUUGCACCAAAAGCUCUGA